AUGAACAUCGUCGAAUGGGCCUUCGGCAAGCGCAUGACGCCCGCCGAGCGUCUGCGCAAACAUCAACGAGCGCUCGACCGAACCCAGCGCGAACUGGACCGCGAACGAGUCAAGCUUGAGAACCAGGAGAAGAAGCUAGUCCAGGAUAUCAAGAAGAGCGCGAAGAAUGGGCAGAUUGGGGCUUGUAAGAUCCAGGCGAAGGAUUUGGUGAGGACGAGGAGAUAUAUCCAGAAAUUCUACCAGAUGCGGACACAGCUACAGGCUAUUUCGCUGCGGAUUCAGACGGUACGAAGCAACGAACAAAUGAUGCAGUCAAUGAAAGGCGCAACGAUGCUACUAGGCAGCAUGAACCGACAGAUGAAUCUCCCCGCAUUGCAACGAAUCGCAAUGGAGUUCGAACGAGAGAACGAUAUCAUGGAUCAACGACAGGAAAUGAUGGAUGAGGCGAUUGACGAAGCAACGGGACUGGAGGGCGAGGAGGAAGAAGGCGAGGAUAUCGUCAAGGAGGUUCUUGAUGAGAUUGGUGUGGAUCUUAGCCAGGCGGUUCGUUUCCCUCCUCUUCGCACGAGAGUUGCGCAAGCGGUUGGAGCUGGGGGUGGCGGUGGUGCGAAUACGAGUGAUGAUGACUUGCAGGCGAGAUUGGAUAGUCUGCGGAGGUGA